AUGCUGAUGCCGUCUCCAACGGGUCCGGGCCUCAGCUCUGCCUUUAGCCCCUACACAGACUCGCCGAGCUCCCCGCCCAACUUCAACCACGUCCUGUCAAAUAGGUGCGCGUCCUCGACGCAGUCGGACCACCUUGUCCCGCCCCCGAGCCCCUACCCUGCGACUGUCGACCCUUCGCCCGUCGACAGCAAUGGCACGAGUGCCACGGACCACACCGAGAUCGAGGACGACGCACAAGACGGCCUGAACGAUAUCAGAUCGCCCAGGACCGAGGACAUUGCCAGUCCGGCGAGUCAGACCAGCCAGUCCAAGCCGUUCAAGCUCGACACGUCGCUCCCUGCGCGCACGCGGUCAGACUCGGACGAGGCGCCGCCCUCUGUCAUACAUGUGCCCGCAGACUUCAAGCAAUUUAGCCGCAGCAGCGUGUCAGCGGCUUCGUCGAGCGCCAACACCUCGGAGAAUACAGCCGUAGUGUCGCCUGCCACUCCCGAGGCGAACAUGGUCUUUGAAGCUGACGACAAGGUGCGUCUUGCUCGCCUUGCUCUGGCACAAGCGAUGAUGGCUAACCCGCUUCAGCACAACUACACGGCUCCAAUCGACACAUCUGUACCGCGCGGCGCCUUUGACCGCAGCACGCCGCUGGCGCAGACGCGUCACGACUACGAGGAUGACCUGAAGCGGCGCAGUGCUCGAAUGAGCGCCAACCUGGCUGACAUAGCAGAGCACGACGACAGCUACCCCACCGAUUCCUCGGCGAGCUCUGUCAUCGAACAGGACGACGACGAAUCCUCCCAGUCACAAGGAAACGGCCCAGCACCGCCUGACGCCCAAACCAUGGGCCAGGCGCUGCAUGGCAUCAACGAGUCGGAGAGAGAGGUUGCAGCGCUGAACAGUGCACUGGAUGAAUGCUGGAUCCUGUGCAACUCACUAGCGAAACUCAGCCAGAAUCAUCGCCGACGAAUGUUCAAUUAUGCUGGCGGCAGUGCCGACGAACAAGAGCACGCUUGGCGAACAUGUUGGCGCUUGUGCCAGAAACUCUAUGAGAGCCGGGACGAGAACCCCUCGGCUCAGGUCAUGCCCACAUUGGAGCUCUGCCGGGACUUCUGCCAGGCUUUGUUCGACGUACGGCAGCGGGGCGACGAUGCCUCUGACUCGGUGUUGAGAGUGAGCUUCGAGCUGAACAACCACCUCUACAACGCUCACGACCGUGCUUUGCCCGAAGCUUUUCGAGAACGCACGCUGGACUUUUACCUGACGCUAUGCCAUCGCCUGAUGAAGCAACGGACGUCGUUGCCAGAGGAAACGGAUUCGUUGCUCCAUGCCUGCUGGUCCUUGGCUGAAACGCUUUUCAGUCUCCGCCAAAACAGUCGUGACGGCAAGCCUGCGGACGAGGAGCUGCUGGGCUCCGGCAUACAAGCUUGCUGGGAGUUGUGCGACCUGUUCCGCGAAGGCUGGACUCAGGUGCGGCCUGAUCGUGGCACCCCUCGUCCGACCCAGUAUGAGUUCAAUCUUGGAUCCAGCUCCGGUUCUGUGACCCGUUCGCAACGAUCCUACUCGGAGAGGUCGGGCCGGACGUCAUCCAGCAUUGACGACUCGUACCAUUCCGCCAUCUCGUCUCGGCGACAAACACCAGCAGUACCGGACACGCCCACGACCAUAUUCGACGACCGUGAAGAAUUCUCGCCUGCCGAAGAGAACAAUGUGCCGAAUAUUUUAAUUCUAGGACCAGAGGCUGGCAUGACACGGACACACGAUCGCUGGUCGUCUGCAUCGUCCAAUCUGUCAACGUACUCUGAUGCUUCCAUACACAGCUCGUCGACGGCGACUGCAGGCCGAACGGAUCCCAAUCUCGUUAGGCUGAAAGCCUUGAUUGUAAAAGCCGCCAUCAACACGGGCUACAGCCGUCAGAUACCGCUGCCUGACUUUAUCCGCGCUCUUCCCUCGAACAGCUUCGGCACGCUCCCCUGGCAAGCACAGCUCUUUGAAAGCUACAGAAAACUAGUCCUUGCAGACCCCACGCUUCGAACUGCCCACAACGAGCCGCCUCGCAGACAGACCGCCGUGGAAAUCGGCCGCUCGGUGCAGUGGAUGGCGCGUAGUGAGCAGUUCAAGUGGCUGCGUGAUCUCUACCGAUUUGUCUUCGGCAACAACCCCGAGGACAGCAGCCAACGCAACCUCAUCAUCAAUGCAUAG